AUGGCGGGGCAUAACAAGGAGAAGCGUUAUAAGUGCGACGUGUGCGGCAAGGCCUGGCAGAGCCUGAGCAAGCUGGAGAUCCACUGGCGGGUGCACACGGGAGAACGCCCCUUCGACUGUUCGGAGUGCGGCAAGAAAUUCUCCCUCUACGCCCACCUGCUGCGGCACUACCAAGUGCACUCCGGCAAGAAGCCCUUUACCUGCUCCGACUGCGGCAAGGGCUUCACAACGACGAAUGAACUGAAGAUCCACCGCAAGAGCUUCAAGAGGUUGAAUGAGCUGAAGAUCCACCGGCAGGUUCACACGGGCGAGAAGCCCUAUGGCUGCCCCGACUGCGACAAGAGCUUUGCUCAGUCGUCGGGGCUACGGCAGCACCGGCCCUUUGGCUGCUCCAACUGUGGCAAGAGCUUCAAGAGGGCGCAUCAGCUGAAGAUCCACCGGCGAGUGCACACGGGCGAGAAACCCUAUGUCUGCUCCAGCUGCGGCAAGAGCUUUGCCCGGUUGUCGGGGCUGCAGGUGCACUGGCGCCUGCACACCGGGGAGCAGCCCUACACCUGCAGCAAAUGCAGCAAGUGUUUCACCUACUACACCAGCCUGCUGCACCACCAGCGCACCCACACCGGGGAGCACCCCUAA